AAAAUGUUACAAACCUCCGACGAUUACUCGGAUCUUACCGAUGCCGAACGGGAAUACGCUGCAACAGUUUUAAACGAAAAUGAAACCGAUCGUGUAGAAAAAAUCAAUGAAAUGAAAGAAUGGAUCACGGAAAACAAAGACCUUCGCACACGGAAUGAUGACUUUUAUAUUCUGCGUUUUCUCAGAGGAUGCAAAUUUAACAUGAAAAAAGCGAAAAUGAAGUUCCGUAAUUAUCAUGAACUCAGAACUAAGGCUCCGGAAUGGUUUUCGCAAAGAGAUCCCAUGCUACCGGAACUACAGGAGAUGUUUUCCUUAGGAGUGUUCUUACCGCUUAAAAAAUUCGACAGUGAAGGACGACUCGUCGUUAUUAUCAGAGCUGCUGUUCAUGACCCGUCUAAACACAAGCAAUCUGAUGUUUUCAAGGCGGGUAAAAUGAUUUUAGAACUAGCAUCCAGAGAAAGUAGAGCGGUAUCGCUCUACGGAGUAUUUGCAAUAUUCGAUUUGGACGGGGUGACAUUAGGUCAUGCUCUUCAGCUACCUCCGCAAGUAAUAAAACGUGCCGUACAUUCUUGGCAAAGUUGUUAUCCGAUGCGUACCAAUUCAAUGGAUUUUAUAAACGCGCCAAGUUACGUUAAUUUCGUGUUAAAUGUGUUCCGCAAAUUCAUGACUCCGAAAAUGAAGGCUAGAGUUCACGUUCACAGUCAUACGUUUAAAGCUUUACAUAAAAAAAUAUCACCAAGUAUACUACCAGUUGAAUACGGCGGCUCGGACGGUACGAUAAAAGAAUUACAAGAGUACUGGAAGACGAUGGUAGAGGAUAAUCGAGAAUGGUUCAUCGACGACGAGAAGUACAAGAUGAUUCCUCAAAAAUGAAAGAAAUAAAAGGGGGGGG